AGCUCCUCGGGUGGUGCUCACCGAGCUUCGUCGUCAUCGAACAAGGCACCGCUGCUGACCGAGGCACGCGAGCAGAGGCAACACUCUUGACAAGGGCUACAAUCGUCGCAUAACGAACAUGAACUAGAGAUGGCAAGACGAUUUCCAAACCAAGAGCCGAUAAGAUGAACGAUAUGGUGUGACUUCAGCGACAAGGAAAGAAGGGCGGUAUUUUAUACGGCAACCUUUAACAACUUCACAGUGGGUCGGAGCUCGAAGCUAUCUUCACCCUGCGAGCUGCAGUUGCUGCGACUCUGCAUGGACUGUGCUAUGCAUCGCGAGCCGGCGGAACCCUAGGCAAUGGCGGAUGAACAGCUCCUCAACAAAAUCCACAGUCUCAGUGAUCUCGAGCUUGCUGCUCUCCUCUGUCUCAUCUCCCGAGAGCACUGCCUCAUCAGCACCGAGCCAGACAGCGUCGAUGAGCUUGCCGAGGAGUUACGCUUGGUGGCCUCCAAGACCUUCAACCUCGACUCGGCCAUAGUCAGCUGCCACGCCCGCAUAACCCUUGACGAGUUCGCGACCGGCCUGUUAGUCCAUCCUUUCGGCUCACCCCCGUCGCCCUCAAAUACACGCUCCGUCUCCCCAUACCGCCCGCGCCAUGAGCAACCGCACCUCUCUUCGGGAGUCCCAGCCUCUACCUCCGGCUCGUAUUUUUCCAUCAACCCAUCCCCGCGCAUAGGGGGCCCGAUCAGUCCAGCUUCACCGUCCAUUGGAGGUCUAAGCAGCUCCCAGGUGGUACAACCUCGAAUCGCCAACGUCGUCCUGGCCAAGGACCUCAACCGUGCUCCCCGAGCUGUUCAGAUUCAAGCUCUUGAGCUCCUCCGCACGCGGCGCAUCUUCACGCGAACCAGCGUACAGACGGCCCCUAAGCAGUUCCUCUUCAUCGGCCUAGUUGGUGCCAGCAGCGGCGGUCAGGCGCGCGUCACGCCCCACCUAAAUGACUUCUUUUACAUAGGGCAUUGGCACGACCCAGAGGAAGACGGCUUCCCCUACUUAGACUCACGUUUUAAUCGUCACAUCCCCAACAACAACAACAAAGACGACCUCGACGACACCGCCUCGACAGUCUCCAGCAGCAGCGUUGUGAAACUAAGCCUGCAUCCUCAUUCCAACGCCGCCGGGUUAGGCCUCGACCCGAAAUGGCUCGCCCCCAACAACAGCACCACCAGCAUUAGCAGCAACAACAACACUGACAGGCCCCAAAAACUUCCUCCCCCCGAAGAUGAGGAAGCAGAAGAUGAUAAAGACCCCCUCUUCACCGAAACCGAGAUAUCCCACCUCUCCCAGCUGGCCCGCACAUCCCACACACCCAUCUCCAUAACCCGCUACCAGGCCAACCUCGUCGCCUUCCUGCGCACCCACCGCGCCGUGGCGGGCGGCAUCACCCCGACCGCCACACGGCACCUCGACCAGCUCGCCAAGUCGCUCGCGCCGCUGCACGGCAUCGGCUACGUCACGCCGUCGCUCGUGGCGCUGGCCCUGCGCAAGGUAUACCUGCACCGGAUCGAGGUGGUGCGGGACCCGCAGAGGGAGAGGAGCGUGCAGUGGGGCAGCGAGGUCGAGACGGUGAGGGCGAUGUUGGAGGGCGUUGGGGCGGAGGACGUUGUUGAGGAUACCUUGGAGUUGGUAAAAGUUCCUGUGUAGCUGUAAUGGAAAUCGACUCUUGUAUAACUAUAUACAUAGCUAGGGAGAAGCAUGGCAGAGAAAGUUGGAUUGUAUCACGGAUGAAAGCGUGAUUAGAGGGAAUCUAGAAUCUGGAGCAGAAGUUUUGGGAAUAGGUUAGAGUGUUUUUGGCUUUGGACAGGGACCGUAGAUCAGUUAAUGAUACUUCUAGUCGAUCA